AUGUCUUCUGUUGAUUAUCUUUUGGAACAAAAUGCCACUCGUCCAGUCGAAGUGAAGAAAGUUGAAUUAUCUGGAGACAGCGAAUCAUUUCGCGAAGGGUUUUUCCAGACUCAAUUGGACCCACUUUUCCAAGAAAGCACCCUCAGCGGGCUCUUAUCACGACUUCAGACUACUGUCAAUCGACUAAAAGCAUUUGGCGUUCAUAAAUCGAUUGCCGUCAAGUUAGACUUAGAUAAAGGAAUUGAUGACAACAAUGAGAAACUCGAUCUUAAAGCUAUCCUGUCAGUUGAACAAGCUGAUGCUCACUGGUUAAAGGUAUCAAGUAUUACGAGGCAAGAUGAAGCGGGAUUGAUUCUAUCUAGUGGCAUAAAUAAUCUUUUUGGAGGAGCAGAGUCAAUAAGUAUUGAUGCAUUAUUCAACACUAGACCAAGGGAUGUCUCCUCCUAUGCUGUUAACUUUGCUACACCGGUUCUGGGUUCUCCAUUUACAAAAGCGAUAAUUUCUGGUAAAGUUUCAUCCCAAACUCUGCCCUGGGCAUCGCACUCUCAAGUGAUAAAAGGAUUCAGUGGAAGACUUGUCAAUAAUAGCGUUUGUAGUAAAGCCAAUGCCCCAAUUACCAGAGAGGUUGGAUUCGAAGCUGUCAAUCGGUCCGUUGUUGGCGUGGGUGCAGCUGCAAGUGACAUUAUAAGAGCGUCAUCUGGAGACAACUUGAAAGUAUCGGUCAGUGGUUCUGCCAGUAUUGAUAGCCGUGACUCGAUUUAUUAUCCUACAAAAGGAUUCUCUGCUGCAGUUACCGGAGAGGUUGCUGGCUCAAUAUUAGGCCUUCCGGGUGAUGUUUCGUUCAUCAAGACCUCUCUUUUAGCAUCUACGGCAUACUCACUGGAUCCCAUCAAUGACAGAAUAGUUUUAAACUUCUCCGCUGGAUCCGGUAUUCUCCAUGGAGAAAAGACAACUAUUCUCGAUAGAUUUUAUCUUGGAGGAGCUAAAGAUAUUUAUGGAUUUCAAUAUAAUGGACUGGGUCCCAAAGAUGAAGGAGAUAUUAUUGGAGGUCAUGGAUUCGCGAUUGGAAAUAUUAGCGCAUACGCAAAACUUCCUCGACUAGCUAAUGAUUCCCCAUUGCGAGCUAUAUUUUUGUUUAACGGAGCGUCUCUAGUAGCUGCCCCUACUUCUGAGGGCGCUACCUCUCCUCUCAAAAGUCUCGUACAAAAUAUCUUUUCCAACCCAUCUACUGGAGCUGGUGUAGGAUUGACUUAUCGUUCUCCUAAUGCCCAGGUAGAGCUUAUAUAUUCGGUGCCUUUAAGCACCAACUCGCACGACUUGACAUAUCGGGGCCUACAGUUCGGCGUUGGGCUUGCAUUUUGA